UCAUAACACAAAUGGCAGUGGUGAGUACCUCUUCGGCUCUCCGCCUCCUGCCUCUCCUCCUCCUCCCCAUUGCCACCAUGUUGCCAGCCGCUAUUCCGGUUGGAGGUGGCGUGAUGCUCGAUCAGGGCUUGAACGCGCUCGACAUUUGUGUGAACCUCAGUCAGGGCGCGGAGGGGCGCGUUAACGCUUGUGCCCCGAUCAUUCAAAAUAUAUCGCCUACAGCUGAAAGUCCCCUGCCUGCACCCCCGGCCAAGGGAACACCUACGACCCCAAGUGCUCUGCCUGCACCCCCGCCAAAGGUAACACCUACGACCCCAAGUGCUCUGCCUGCAUCGGCGAAACCGGAAUCCUCCUCUGUAAGAAGAGUUGUUGCAAUUUCAGCUCCUGUAGUUGGUUUCCUUUUGCUUACCAUCUUGUUCCUCGCCACCUACUUUAUACGUAAACGAAGAACACAACUACAACAUAAGAUGGAGGAGGAGGAAGAGUUUGGGGAGCUACAAGGAACACCAAUGAGGUUCACAUUUCAGCAGCUGAAAGCAGCUACCGAACAAUUCAAAGACAAGCUCGGCAAAGGAGGAUUUGGGUCUGUUUUCAAGGGAGAGCUAGCUGAUCAACGGAUUGCGGUAAAACGUUUGGAUCGAGCUGGUCAGGGCAAAAGAGAAUUUUCUGCAGAGGUUCAGACAAUUGGCAGCAUUCAUCAUAUUAAUCUGGUGAGAUUGAUUGGUUUCUGUGCAGAGAAAUCGCAUAGGCUCUUGGUAUAUGAGUACAUGCCAAAAGGAUCGUUGGACAGAUGGAUCUACUGUCGAAAUGACAAUGAUUCACCUCCUCUAGAAUGGAGCACACGGUGCAAGAUUAUCACUAACAUAGCUAAGGGUCUCGCUUAUCUUCAUGAGGAGUGCACGAAAAAGAUUGCCCAUUUGGAUGUCAAACCACAAAACAUCCUCUUAGAUGAUGACUUCAAUGCUAAACUUUCUGAUUUUGGACUAUGCAAGCUCAUUGACAGGGAUAUGAGCCAAGUGGUUACCAAAAUGCGAGGCACACCUGGAUAUUUAGCUCCUGAAUGGUUAACAUCACAAAUCACAGAAAAGGCCGAUGUCUAUAGCUUUGGUGUUGUGGUCAUGGAAGUCAUCUGCGGAAGAAAGAACCUCGACACUUCUCUAUCAGAAGAGAGCAUCCAUCUUAUCACCCUGUUGGAAGAAAAGGUGAAGAAUGCUCACUUGGUAGAUUUGAUUGACAAGAACAGUAAUGACAUGCUAGCACACAAGCAGGAUGUAAUUGAGAUGAUGAAGCUCGCAAUGUGGUGUUUGCAAAUUGAUUGCAAAAGAAGGCCUAAAAUGUCCGACGUAGUUAAGGUCUUGGAAGGAACCAUGAAUGCAGAGAGCAACAUUGAUCAUAACUUUGUUGCCACAAAUCAAGUGAAUUUCGGCGCUGCUGCAAAUGUGGUCUCCUCAGUUCCACCUCUAGCUUCACAUGUAUCAGGCCCCAGGUGAAAUGAGAAAAUCUUGACCAGAUAAUUAGAUUAUGAGCAGGACAUGAGAUAUUCUUAUGUAAAGGAAAUGGUAAGUCUGUUGUAUCUUCUCAAAAUACUAUAAUCUGAA